GAGUGCGAAUGCUGUUGCGAGAACUUUUCCCGAUCGGGUAUGAUACACUGCAACGCAGAGCACAGCCAUUGGUUCUGUGUGGAUUGUGCUCGUCGCAAUGCCGAAGAAAUCAUUGGGAAAGCACAGUACGAUAUUCGCUGCAUGUCCAUGCAACCCUGCGGCGCUGGAUUCCCACAAGAAGAACGCCGCAAGUUCCUUGAUUCCAACCUCUCGCGAGCGUUAGACCGAUAUGAGUUCAGAGAAAUCCUCGCCAGUUCUGACAUUGAGCCUCUAAGUCAUUGUCCAUUUUGUGAUUUCGCCGCCAUCUAUCCACCUAUCGAAUCGGCUGAGGAGUUCCAUUGCCAGCAUCCCGAGUGCGGAAUUAUCAGCUGCCGGAUUUGUCACAACAAGAGCCAUAAGCCCCGGAGCUGUAUCAGCAUCGCCCGGGCCCAGGGAAGACCCACGAGCUUGCAGCGAAUCCAGGAGGCAAAAUCAAGGGCACUCAUCCGAACGUGCAACAAAUGCGGAACCCCUUUUGUUAAGGAGGGGGGAUGUAACAAGAUGACUUGCUCUGUCCAGGAGUGCCGUAACGUGCAAUGUUAUGUCUGUCCGGAGAACUGCGAUUACAGCCACUUC